GGUGCGCGGAGGCCAUGGCGAGGGGUCUCGAGGGGAAUUUGAUGAGUGACGCCGAAUCUGGUGGCUGCAUGUGAUCGCGUCUUCGAGAUCUCGCAGAUGCUUGGCACCGUCACUGCCCUCGUUCUUCCCAUUUAUUUGCGCCCUCCGCAGCGGCCGUCCCGCUACCGUCCUGCGCGUACCUUGUCGACGCCGCUAUCCACGAUUCUCCCAUUCAACCUCUCGCCAUCGUGCUCGUCCCUGGCGUGCACCCGUGUGCUCUGGGCAUUCGCAUGCCGGCACCCGUCUCCCGAACCUCCUCCUGCCCUGCUCGGGCGCCCGGAAGUGGUUCAGGGUGGCAGCUGGAGACACUGGCAGAAAGAGGAGCAACCCUCGAAACGGACCUCGGGCGCGGCCGGCUCAUUUGUCUUCACGACAUAUUGGCAAUCACAAUGUUGUGCCCUUUCAACUCGCGCGCGAUCGUACCCUCGACGCUGUAAGCCACACGUAGCGAUCCCCGUCCAUUCCCCCCACGAGCAUCCGGUCUCAGACUGUCUGUCCUCCGGAAUCGCGCCAAAAAUUGCGGGUAAACCGAGGGUAAACGUACAGGACCUCCUUACCCAGUGCGGGGCGUCGCUGCGGCCCCCGAGCCCGCAGCGCUGCUCUCCGUAUCAGGCAAUGCCACGGAUUAUCGCAUUCGAGUCUGUCGGACAAGCCUGGGUGGACAAUGACAUGGUCUUGGAGCUAAGCGCAGCACGACAGGGGACUCCGGCUAGGUCAUACACCGGUGAGCUUGAGCUUUUGUGAUGAGACAGGGACAUUGAGAAGUGGCGGACGUGUUCUAAAAAUAACUGCUGUGGCGCCAAUACCGCCGCCUUCAACUGUGUCCAGCCCCGUGCCGCAAUAUGUACACCGUACUUCUCGUCGAAUCGUAGGCUAUAUCAACGUAGGUACCCAACACAAAUGCGCGAUACACUUGGCCUCUGCAUGCUCAGCGCUCAGCGCUCAGCUUCCCGGGCCGUCAAUCAAUGAAUCAAUGGAGAUAUAGUGUUCAAUCCUAGGCGUACAGCACCAG